AUGGCAACUCCAACUACGCGCCUGGCGCCUGAAACAGACAUCAACCGUCGUACCUCCCUCGGCUUCCUUCGUCGUUCUAAAUCCACCGAACCCCUAGGCGAUAAAUCUUCCCGCAAAAAGAUGUCCAAAUCUCAAGCCAUGGAAGAUGAAAUGCGUCGUCAGCGGGAAUCUUAUGCCCCCAAAGUUCCUCCCCGCUUGCCUGAUCUUUCCCCCACCCCGCAACUGGAAACUUUUGGAGGUGAGGAACGUGAUAAGGUCCCCGAAGCAGUUCCACGUCCACAGUCUGGAGUCGCUGCGCCCUCUAUGGCAUCCAAUGUCGAUCCCUAUGCGCGGACUGAGAGCAUGACCCACCGUGGCCGCUAUAGCUAUGCUAGUAGUGCUGUCAGCACCGUGAACAGUCCUCGUCGGGUGCGCCGUCGCAAGGACCCCACUUCAUACAAUGUGCUUGUUAUUGGUGCUCGUAACUCGGGCAAAACCUCUUUCAUCAACUUCCUACGCAGUGCUCUGACUAUGCCCGCCCAUAAGCACCCUUCACGUACCCCCGAGGAGGUCGAAGAGCUUGAGCGUCAAACUUCAGCCUGGGAAGGAUUCACGUCGCAAUAUCUGGAAACGGAGUUUGACGGAGAACGUGUCGGACUUACCCUGUGGGACUCUGUAGGUCUGGAGCGGAAUAUCGCAGAUCUUCAGCUGCGUGGCGUGACAGGCUUCCUGGAGAGCAAGUUUGAGGAGACCCUUGCCGAGGAGAUGAAGGUUAUUCGCUCCCCCGGCGCUCGCGAUACCCACAUUCAUUGCACUUUCUUGCUUCUGGACCCUGUGCGUCUUGAUGAAAACAUUGCCAUGGCUGAGCGUGCUGCCAAUGGCACGUCCAAGCCCACUGAUGCACCUGUGGUUGGAAUUCUAGACCAGAACCUGGAUCUGCAGGUGUUGCGCACGGUACUGGGCAAGACCACCGUGGUGCCAGUUAUCAGCAAGGCGGAUACAAUCACCUCCGCCCACAUGAACCAUCUCCGCAAGGCGGUCUGGAACAGCUUGAAGCAGGCUAAUAUCGAUCCCCUGGAGAUCUUGACAUUGGAGGACCAGGAGGAAGAAUACUCUUCAGAAAGUGCGGACGAAGAGGACAUCGUGGACCUUGACAGCAAGUCCACUGAGAAUGGAGAUGCUGAAGCUAAAGAUUCCGACAAUGCCCCCGGCUCGCCAUCGCAGCGCAGCGAGGGUACUCGCAGGUCUACCGCGUCUCAGGCCACCAAUCAGCACGUUCCGUUCUCGAUCCUGUCACCAGACCCCCAUUCCCUGGCCGCUGGAGAUCAACCAGUCGGUCGCCGAUUCCCCUGGGGCUUUGCAGACCCAUAUAAUGCCGAGCACUGUGACUUUGUUCGCCUGAAGGACUCCGUCUUUUCCGAUUGGCGUUCCGAGCUGCGGGAGGCCAGCCGUGUGGUUUGGUAUGAGCGCUGGAGAACCAACCGCCUCAACCGCAAUGGACAGCCGCCUCAGAAGCAAAACUACGGUCGUCAGGGACCUGAUGGCCGUCGCACGCGAUAA